AUGGCGGCGCCGCCACGGGAGCUGGUCGACGACGUCAUCCCCGAGAUCCUCCUCCGCCUCCCGCCGGACGAGCCCAAGUGGCUCUUCCGCUCGGCCCUCGCCUGCAAGCCGUGGCUCCGCACCAUCUCCGACCCCGCCUUCCUCCACCGGUACCGCGCCUUCCACGGAGCCCCUCCCCUCCUCGGGCUCAUCGACGUGGACCCACUAACUGACCGGGAUCCCGCUUCAUCGCUACCACAGCAAUGCCCGCCUUCUCCUUCCCUAUUCCGUUUGAGAACGGGUGUGAGCAUUACCUUGUCUGUGACGCCCGCGGUGUUCUGCGCUGUCACCGGCUGCCAACACCUUGACUGCCACGGCGGUCCCUUCUAUGUGGUCUUCAUGUUCCGCAACUGGUUAUUAGAUUCUAUCAUGUCAGCGACCAUUUACUCGUCGGAGAUGGGCGCGUGGAGCGUGCCAGCCGCACUGGAAGGCAUUCUGCCUCUGGAAGACAUUGAUGAUAUUAAUGCCUACGGGCGUGGUGCACUUAUCGGAGAUGAAAUCUACUUCAAGCUUUCAGGUGAUGCUAGGGAUGCUGGAAUUACCAAGUAUUGCUUGUCUGUGGUUAAUUCUCCACCAAUGGCGUACAACGGUGGGGUUACCCUCAUGGUGAUGGAGGACUGUUUUCUUGGGUUCGCUGGCAUUGAGCAUACCAGUCUUUAUCUGUGGUACAGAAUGGUGAGUUCAGAGAAGAAUGCAGAAUGGGUACAGUUCAGAGUCAUUGAUCUGGAGAAAAUGGUGCCUAUGGCGAAUCCCCGAAACAGAGCACAUGUGGUUGGCUUCGCAGAGGGUGUGGGUGUCAUCUUCAUCACCACAGGUGUUGGAUUAUUCAUGAUGGGGCUCAAAUCAGGGAGAGUGAAAAAGAUUGACAAGCCUAGGCGUAACUUAAGCAUUCUACAGAUUGGCAAGCCUAGGCGUAACUUAAGCAUUCUACCCAACAUGAGUUUCUACACUCCCGGUAUUGUACUAGCCCUUGUUUAUAUUUUGGCCUCCUUUAUCUUUAUUUGCAUCUUCCAUAUGUUUGCUUAG